AUGGUGGUGGACGGACAGUUUUCUUCUGGAAUCGUCGACUACUUAAAAGACGUUAUGGUCGACGCAGUAGACAUUUCAAAUCUAUCAUCAGAUGUACGUGAACGUCUUGCACAGCUUGAUUUAGAAUUAUCAGAAGGCGAUAUCACACAAAAAGGAUAUGAUAAGAAAAGGCUGUUGAUAUUAGGACCUUAUUUACAGACGCCAAAAAAAGAUACUAAAAUAAUUCCAAGUCCAAGUACAAAGGCGCAGAGAAGGCAGCAGAGGCGUCUUACGCGAGAUGAAUCACGUUUCCAUUCAGAAAUACGUGCUGAAGCGGUUCAGCAAGCACUAGCGGAAUAUUCACAAGGGAAGAAAGAAAAGCCAAAUAUAUUACCCCCCUUGAAACGGCGUGGUACGGAAAUAAGACGAGAUAGACACCGAGCUUCCGAUAGCAGUUCCGAAGAUGACAGUAUGUUUGGUAGUACUGAUCGCAGUAAAGGAACAUCGUCAUCGGUAUCACUUAGUGAUUCACAGAAGAAAAGUGUCAGCAAUGGCUUUUAUAAGUCAGAUUCUGCAAUCGGGGCUCCACCUCCCGAUGUUACGACAAGUGUCAUAGUGAAUGGAGAUGCCAUUCGUAAAGCACUAAGAGAUCAAAGAAAACAGAAUACUAUUGAUGGUUGGCAAGAUUUAAAAGCUGUCCAAGAAAACGAACAAAAUUUCGCGAAGAAAAUUGCGAAGGAUGAGCCUACAUUCUUGAAAACUGAUGUCGUUUAUGAAAAUGCUAUAACAGAAACGGAUGUAAAUGUAGCGAAUGCGAAAAGUCAGGAUUAUCAAAAUGCAGUUGUACGUAAGUUAAUUUAG